AUGAAGAAUUGUUUUAAAAUGAUAUUGAAUAAUCCGAUAUCACCAACUUCAAUAUUUCGAAAUAUCCAAAUUUUUAAGAAAUUUUCAAGUGUAGAUACAAGAAUGGGUGUAUAUAGUUAUUUAACUUAUAAAAAAUUACUCCCUUUUGGAUUUAAUAGUAUUCGAACAUCAUUUUAUUACCGUAAUGAAAGUUCAUACGAACCUAAAUUAACUUUCUAA